AUGCAACUCCUGAUCCUCUCCUUCGCAGCUCUGAUAGCAGCACAAGGAUACGAUCCCAUCUGUGCUAGCAAUCAAGCCUUCGCAGCUUGUUGUGAUCCAAAUCAAGCGACAGAUGAGCGUUACUGCAAGCUCUAUGAUCCAUCGCAAAUCGCACCUGGAGAUGAGCCCAGGCUGGAAUACUUCAGGGGCGUAUGCGAAAAGUCAUCUCCUGAAGGGGCAAUCAGAAUGCCAAGGUGUUGUAGACUGGACGGGUUCAACGCCGCUAUUCAGGGUUUCGAUCUGGCGUGCAGCCUGAGCGAAGAUGAGGUGGCAGAAGACGAAGUCUGUCCAGAUAACCUCCCUGAUCCCCUGUGCUGUCCAUCAGCGGUUCCCGAGUCGAAGAUCACGAUCGUGACGGGUACUACGUGUGAAGCUGCUGCUCCAACACCAACAGCUCCAGCCGUCUUCACCGACUCCUGUGAUGCUGAUGACGAAAGUGUCCCGAGGUGCUGCUCAUCGAGGACAACUACCUACGUAAGAUGA